AUGUACAAGAAGUUGGUACAAAAAAACAUUUCAAAGAAAAAGAAAUUUGUGGCUUCUAGCAAUGUACGAGGUUCUAUUGAUACCAUGUUUAAGACCGAUCAUGGAAAAACAAAGCAAACUACAAUGGAUAGAAAUAAUCCAAUAAAAGGGAAGUUAAAGACAGAAGCUUGGGAUAAAUUUGCAACUUGGGCUUAUUCGAUUGGUUUACCCUUCAAUGUCGUACGUGAUGAAGGUUUCCAAGAUAUGAUCAAUGCCAUUGGAGAAUAUGGAAGAGGUAUGCCAGCUCCAUCUUAUCAUAAUAUUCAUGUGUCAUUGAUGAAACAAAAGUUGGAAGAAACGAAAGAAUUUGUGGAUUCGUUUCGGCCACAUUGGGAAGAAUGUCGGUGUAGCAUCAUGUCUGAUUUUUGGACUGACGGGAAAGGAAGGUGUUUGAUAAACUUCCUAGUCAAUUUUCCUUUUGGAACAUUCAUUACAGAUAACGGGUCAAACUUUAAAGCCGCUGGAAAGAUUUUACAAGAAGAACAUCCUAGGAUGUUUUGGACUCCUUGUGCAGCACAAUGUGUGAACCUCAUGAUUCAAGAUAUUGGUGAGAAAAUACCAAAGAUAAAGACUACCCUGGCUGAUGCAAGAGCAAUGGUGGUUUUCAUUUACAUCCACGGAAGGUUUCUUAAUCUAAUGAGGAAGUUGACGAGAAACAAAGAGCUGCACAGAUUGGUUGAUACGGAAGAGAAGCCAAGUAUGGGUUAUAUCUAUGAUGCAAUGGUUAGAGUCAAGGAACAAAUCAAGAAAAAUGUAACUGAUGAAAGACUUGUCCAUAAAAUUUUAGUUGGAUAUUACUUGAACCCCGCUAUUUUACAUGGGGAAAAUUCGAAAGAUAAAAAGAAGAAUGCGGAAAUUUUGACGAGACUUUACGUGGCUAUUGACUGUCUAGUGCCCAAUAUAGAGGAGAAUGAUAAAGUGAGGCAGGACUUGAAUCUAUACAUUGAUUCCGUUGGGCAAUUUGGAUCCACGGCUACUAUAAGGGGUAGAACGAAAGUUGCACCAUAUAUAUGGUGGCGCACAUAUGGGAUCGACACACCUUUGCUCCAAACAUUUACUAUUAGUGUCCUUAGUCAAACUUGUAGCGCUUCACCUUGUGAACGCAAUUGGAGUACAUUUGACAAUGUUACAAAGGUGCUUCAACUCAUUAAAGCCAACAGAUCUUUGGAUCCUAUUUUGUUGAGAGACGUAGAGGAAAAUGAUGAUUGGGUUACACCAACACAAGAUGAGCUUCAAGAGUUUGUUGGCGGUACGGAUGGUCUUCGUUGGUCGGAUGUACAAGAGGCAAUGGGAGGAAACGAAGAAGUUAGGCCAGGUACUAGGACCAAAAGAUCGCGCUAUAGAGAUGACGAUGAUGAUGUUCGAAUUCAUGUAGAAGAUGAUCUUAAUGUACAAUUGGAUGAGAUGGUUGAUGUGGACCCGGAGGAAGAUUUUAUGGCUUAUGAUUAG